AUGAAAAAGGCGGCUGUACUUUUCAUCAUCACCCUCUGUAUCAAAGGUAGCACGAUAUCGGUUUCCAUCAUCUUCUGGCCUCAAAUCUCUUCGUACGGGUCGCACUUUAUCGACUCCUUGUCGAAUUCUUCAGUCAUGGACGCAAAAAGGCGGUUGUCGUUCUUUAUGGGGAUAGGAAUGGUGUUCUUUCCAGGAGCAAACGGCAACAACUCUUGGAUCGAUAUUGAAACACCAUUGAAGAAAAGGACCACCAAGUCUUUGGUUGAUGGCUCAACUUACCAUUUGGUCAUGUCAGACGAGUUUAACGUAGAAAAUCGAACAUUUAAAGAUGGACACGAUCCGAUGUGGACGGCCCUAGAUAGAAGCGACGAUGACGCUUCAAGCGCUGGAGGUGGAUCCCUGCAGUUCUACAAUAGCUCCGCCGUUAGUACAGAAAAUGGCUUUUUAAAAAUUGCCACCUAUCUGGAAACCACUUCUUGGACUCGGUACGACCACGUCAACAAGCACUGGAAAACGGAAAGGACGAACUUUACUUCAGGUAUGGUCCAAUCGUGGAACAAAUUUUGCUUCACCGGUGGAAUAGUGGAGGUGGACGUUGUUUUUCCUGGCGAACCAUUCAUUGGGGGAUUGUGGCCAGCCGUUUGGAUGCUGGGUAAUCUUGGACGAGCUACGUACGAGGCCUCCACCAACAAUAUUUGGCCGUGGAGUUUCGAUACAUGUGAUCGUGAAAUGCAGGAUGCCCAAGCCAUUUCGGCUUGCAAUCGCGAAAAUCACUACGGAAUGCAUCCGUUUCAAGGGCGAGGUGCCACCGAAAUUGAUAUCAUUGAAGUUAUGACCGGUGAUUCCAACGGGCCGUUGCCGUCCACCGAACCACCCAUUACGUUGCCCUAUGGAGAUAUGACGUUACAGGUUGCGCCCGGUGUACCAAAAAAUCGACCUCAGAGUGGAUCGCUUCCUCUUCGGAAAAAUACUUUCUCCGACAAUGGGCAUACAGAGUUUUUGGCAAAUGUUUGGUACAAAGAUUUGGAAAUGCACGGCAAUACUUCAAUCAAUCCCUUUUUUUAUGGCACGUAUCUUGGAGAAACCAAACCUGGCGAACCCGUGACUCGCGGAAAGCAUGAAGCGUUUCAAGCCGAUGCGGUUGGAGCGGCCCAUCAGUUAACACCGGCGCACUUUAAGAGACCCCAUACCUUUCGGAUUGAGUGGCAACCAGGUAAAGGAGGACGACUGGAUUGGUACACUAAAGGCUAUCGCAUGAAUGAGACGACGUACAUGGAAGGUGAUGGUGAAGGACAGGAGUGGACACACGUAUUUUCACUCAAGGAUAAAUCCUUGAGCGAUUUGAUGGGGUCGCAGAUUCCGAAUGAACCAACAUAUCUUAUUUUCAAUACAGCCAUAUCCAGUACCUGGGGAUUUCCUUACGAUCCGCCCGACUGGUGUCCGAAAUGUUUUGACUGCAACGAUCCGACUUGCUCUUGUAACUUCUAUCCUGGCUUUUGCCAAAUGCUUGACUCGCGAACGGUUGCCAUGUUGAUUGACUCUGUCCGUGUAUACCAAUCCUUCAACACUUCGGCACACGUUGGCGGCAAGCAUACCUUGGGUUGCGAUCCACCGGAUUAUCCUACAAGAGAAUGGAUCACAGGCCACGAGUAUCGAUACAUGAGGAACGAGCCUUUUUCAUAUAAGGACAAAGCGCAUUCUUUACAACCAUUGCAACGAGGCGGUGGCGUUUGCCGAGACGAUUCGGAUUGUGGCGGAAACGUGUCUUUAACGAAUUUAACGGCCGUAUACGACAUGCUGGGAACUGACAGUGAGCGGAAACUUUUUUCGACGGAAUCGCGAGAGACGGUUGAUCUUGUCAUAAGUCAAGGCCAGUGUGCCUCGCAGACGAACACAUUCUUCUCAAGCAAGUCAUGGACGGGGAAAGUUUGUCGGUGUAGAGUGGGCUUUACGGGGCCAAUGUGCUUAUCGUUGGAUCGCAUAGAUACUUUCCCAAGUGCGCACAAAAUAAGGACAGACGUAUCGCCUUUCAAUCGGAUUGCCAAUUUUGAAGCCCCAACGUUCAUGCUGACGGCAAUCGCCAGCAUGAUUGUUAUGCUGCUUUCUAUUUUGGUCUCCAAAGUUGUAGACGAAAAGAAAGCAAGGAAACGAAAGUCGGUGUCGAGACAGUUCAAACGUCCCACUUUUGUCACAACAAGCAAUGACUCCAACGUCACCAUCAUUACCGGUACCAGCAUAUGAGCAUGAUAGCCAAAUACAAUGCUAACAAUACCAUUACUAAUUGAAUAUGCGUUCCACAUCAGACCACGGUCUCAGGAUGUGAACUUUAAAUGUGAUGAUUGCUUGAUUUAAGCAACUUUGAGACAGUUGUUGUAAACAGACCGGUGGAAGAACACUAAUGUAAUUCCAACAAGGACUGGCUGUGAGUUCUAAAUUUGUGGAAAGACGACUGGUUAUUUUUUCAAAAACAUGUAAUCAAUAUACGUUAGCCUU